AUGCGGGCAUGAUGGACUAGACGUUGUCUCUCUGCCGCGUUUUGUUCGGACCCAGUGAUUUAUUUAAAAAUAGGGGAUGGAAGGCCGGGAAGAGAUUCUUUCAGAUCUCCAUCUUCCUCAUCAAGAGUUUCUCAACCUAGAGACUGGACUUCCACUCUUGAACCGUCCGUCUACACUUUGUUCAACAUGGAGAACCCGACGCCGCAAGAUGGCCAGCCCAGCCGUGACAGUAGCAUUAGCUUGGAAGAUGACAUUACACUCUCUCCGGGCCAAAGCAGGUCCGAUCUUUACACUACACGCCAUCCACACAGAGAAGUGUAUGGCCCGGUGACUUCAGGGCGAUCCUUGAUGAUGCCUCUCGAUUUGCCUAACAUGGACACUGCAGAGGACCCAUCUGCAGGUACGCGGCCCUCAGAUGAAGGCGACCCCUCCUUGCUUUUCGGACGCCGUCUCGAACGCUACUUGGCGGAAGAGCAUUAUCACGAACGAAUUGGGCGGCAUCCCUUGGGAGUGAAUAAGGCGACUGUCAAGAGGUACCUCCCCGAAAUUAUACAGAACGUGGACAACGAUGCGUCUCAGGCGGAGGCUACCCAGGGCGCAACAACAGACUGUGAUGAGAGGGACUGUCGGGGAUCGACUGCCACUUUGACUUCUACGACUUCUGACUCCUCACCGGAACCUAUUAGAGCACACGAUAACAACGACUCCGCCUCGAUGCUGCUUCCCCUAAUAACAUCUUUCUCAAGCUAUGAUAUGAUUCCUAGGUUCUUGGAACCAGACGAGAUCGACACGGCUCUCGUCAAGCCAAAACAUGGCCAGACUAGCAGUGAGUCCUAUCUACUAGGUUCAGACAUUUGUGAAGAGGACCUUGAAGUGGGAGACAUCCUGAUGCAACAUCGGCGGAUGAGAGAUCAGGAGAAACGUGACAAGUGGCGCGUGGGGAAGCAUCCGCGCGUUAGAAAGACGAUUCGUCUGCGAAAGAGACCGGAAGAGUUGAAGUGAUGUAGGGGGCGUAGAUGAUGGCUAUCUACUCGGGACUAUUCUAUACGAGCAAAGCGUUGGGAAUUGUAACUCUACACAAACACAUUGGUAUGAAAGGCGUUGGAAUAAAUAGAGGUUAAUGCAUGGAUAUGAUAAU